UCUGAAGGUCUUCAUCAUUGCUUCUUAGCUGCGGUCCUCUCGGAGCGGUUGGAUGAAAAACUAAAGAAACAUGGGGCCUCGCACCGCAGACAGUGCUUCUAAAAACGAGAAAGCGAUCACGAGUGGAAGCUGCAGAGGUCCGGCAAAACCGCGUCUGAGAAGCAGCAGCGAUGGAAGUAUUUAUACCAGGAGGGUGGUUGGUGUCCACGGCAACACUUCCUCCCAUGUGCUCCUCAACCCCAAAUCAGUCUUGAAGAGACCCGUGAGCACAGAGGAGUUGCAAACACCAGGAGGUCCCUACAUCAAGAAAACCUUUACAAUCGUCGGUGAUGCAGUGGGAUGGGGGUUUGUGGUCCGAGGAAACCAACCUUGUCACGUUCAGGCUGUGGAGCCUUGUGGUCCAGCUGCUGCUGCAGGGAUGAAGGUUCGCCAGUUUGUGGUUUCCGUUAAUGGUCUCAAUGUUCUGGACCUGGACUACCGGACUGUGAGCCACCUGAUCCUAACUGGACCCAAAACUGUUGUGAUGGAAGUGAUGGAGGAGACCGAUCACUGAGGAGCAGAACACACACACAAGUAGAUAGAUGGAGAAUAACUUCCACCAACUUCUGCUUUUCAUAAAAACUGUCACAAACGUUGAAGAGAGAAAACUCACAGAGCACCUGAACCAUCUGUUGUUGACCGUUGUCAUGGAGACCAAUCCAACCAAUAGGAGUGUGACAUUUUCAUUCAUCAUCUAGAUUCACGUUUUAUUUGCGUAGUCUAUUUAGAACCAGAAAGUGUUGUUUUACGUUUAUUUAUAGUCUUCAAGCUACUUUCUAAACACAAAUGAAUACAGAUUUUAUAGAAGCCGUAACAUCUGAUGUUACUCGGGUUCAGGUUGUUUGGACUUUUAACCCUGAACCCCCCAUCCACUACCCUUCACAAACAGUACCAGCAUCCAUAUCAGGAACAUUUAAACACUGACCUGUUCACACACACACACACACACACACACACACACACACAGCUUGGUUUAAUGCACGACCCUCUGACUGUGUUUACCUUUCCAUCCACCGCCGGCUGAUUCUCAGAAAGAAAAAGAGAAAUGUGAAAAAGGUGUGAGGUAGAUAAACUACUUAGUGAGGAAGCAGCUUGUGUUUGUCUUAAAGUUCUUUUUUUAACUUUACCAUUCCUUUACUUUUU